AACAUGGGGGCCAAGAAAAGACGGCUAACCCCCCCCUUUCCGUCUUCGUAAGCUUGGUGGAUUCCAACGUUUUCCGGGAAUUCGUGCUGUCUUUUCGUUCCCGGGUUCGUGUUCCAGUAAAAAAAAAAAAACACCACACCUGGAGGAUGCCGUCUUCUCAAUCGCGAGUGACCCGUUCGUUGCCCACACCUUGGCCUCGUGUCACAAUGGAUUCAAUUUUCCGUCAAGCGCUUCUUUUCUCUGCGCUUUUCCUAGCGUUUGGAGGGGACAAAGUGUUAGCGCAAACUACGAAUGUCACUUGUCUCCCUAGCUUUGAUUGGGCGUUGAAUAGCGCCAAAGAAAACCCGUGCAAGGUUGCGUCAGAACUCCAAGCAGUGUGUGGUGGAGGAUGGACUGUGACCUCCCUCCCGCCGAACUAUCACUAUAUCGGUGAGAGCGUAACACCCAUUCACCCGAACUUUUAUGUGCUCAGCAGACAAACCAAAGGCCCGGUAAAGGGUAGUGAUACAAAUGGUCCAAACUAUUGUACUUGCACCUCCAUUGUGUACGAGCUAAUGUCGGCGUGUGGGGCUUGCCAGAAUCGGACAUUUAUAUCCUAUCCGGCUUGGACGGUUGACUGCGGUAACAUCUCGACUGUGGAGGGCGUGUACACACCGUCGUUGAUUCCUUCUGGUGCUCUUGUGCCCCGCUGGGCUUAUCUCAAGCCUUCUAGCUACGGUGGACUAUUCAACCUCGAAGUUGCGAAGCAGAUUGGUGAUCUACCUGAAAGUUCUCAGUUAUUCUCAUCGAGCACGACAUCAUCCGGCGGUCUCACGACAGCCUCUACCCCUUCAACCUCCACAAAUUCCAUCACCACCUCAUCUACCACAAACAACAAUCCAACGACGACGACGACGACAACGACGACAACGACGACAACGACAACGACUCGAUCUGGGGGAAGUUCGAACACCGGCCCAAUUGUUGGGGGCGCGGUUGGGGGUGUGGUUGGUCUUGGCCUGGUUGCAGUGCUUGCAGUAUGGGUCCUUAAGAGACGGUCAGGCAAGCCCCCCAGUCAAAACCUUGCAGUUUCAGGUCCUUCAUUGAAUGAUGGCUCCACGCGACCCCUGAGCAUGGCUACCGCUCCACAGCCUGCGUUCCAGGAACCGUACUUUGUGACACCGACUAAUCAUCACCCCCCAUAUAAUAUCCAGAAUCCCGGAUAUAGUGGCGCCCCUGAACCAUAGUUUUCUCUCCAGCUUUCCAUCUCGCAGCUGAAGAAGGCCUCCCCCCUCUUGUGUAAUGAACGCCCCCCUGCCAUUUUCCUAUUUUCAUCAUUUUGUUUUAUCAUCCAUCCUCAAACCUCUUCAACCUUGAUUUUAUUAUUCAUCUAGUCUGCACGCGGGGGCGAGGGUGCCCCCAUCGUUGGAUGCUCAAUUUAUAUAUAUAACACAUUUCUUGCGCGUUGUACUGUGCAGAUUUUUUUCACAUUUUGCCUCUAGGGACUUUUUGCAUGGUUUCAUCAUGUGUUGUGUUGUUGUGAGCUCCCAAAAUACACAUACUGGUGGUGCCUUCAUGACUGU